CACUUCAACAUCCCCAUAUACUUGGUACGAUCGAUCUAUCAGAGGUUUUGAAUUGGCAGAUCAGAUCAGACAACCUUAAUUAAUUAGCUGCUAGUAUAGGAAUUGAAAUGAAGAAGCUCUGGCAGGAGAGUUAUUGUUGGGUGUGGUUAAUGGUGUUGUGGUUGGUGGUAAUGGCGAGUCUGGUGUGGGAAAGCAAGGCCGCCCCUUGCGGUUCCACUUUUGUCUCCACCAUUAUUCAGCUCUUACCCUGCAGGCCCGCCGUCUCCGCUUUCAGGCCGUUUCCGCCCACCGAGGCUUGCUGCGCCGCCGUCAGGUCUCUCGGCCAGCCCUGCCUUUGCGCCGUCGUCAAUGGCCCUCCCAUCAUCGGCGUCGAUCGGAACAUGGCUUUGCAGCUUCCAGAUAAAUGCACUGCCAACUUUGAACCGUGUGAGCUUGGGAAGUAGUGUUACUGUGGAUAGGGUGGGAAGAUGGAAAUGAAUAAACAAGGAUAUGGAGGGCAGUUCUGUCUUUUCCUUAGCUUUUAUCUUGAAUAACAGUUAUUACAAUAGUUAGGUUAAUUACAUGUACCAAACUUAAUUAGUAUUGAGUAUAAAACAUUGAAAGAUAUAUAAUGCAUUGCCUACAA